GUGUCCUGUCCACAGUUAAAGCUGACUGGAGUGACUACAUAUACCAAACUGAGAGGAGCAUACCAACUGACCUGAGUGCAGCCGGACAGGUUGAGGUGGAUAAGAUUGUGGCAGCCCUUCCCUGUGGUCAGCCUGUUUUCAUAAGACUUUCAUCCCAAACUCCUGCUUACUGAAAGGACAAUCCCUGCAGGGCUCAGGAUGCGUGUGACCUCCUCUCUCCUUAUAGCCUCCCUGCUCCUCCUUCUGCUCCCGUCCACCGAGAUGAAAAGACCGGGGAAGGGCAGAGGCCUCAGAGGAGCAAGACACAAACUCACACGGGACAGGGUGAGAGGUGUUGGGCGUCACAGCAGAUCAAGCCCCUCCAGGCGUGUGGCACCUGACUGCUCAGUGUUGACAGAAUCUGGAGACGUCUUUGUAGACUGUCAGGACCGACACCUCACCUCCAUUCCCACCUCACAGACAUGGUCCAAAAAACCCAAGCACCUCCUUCUAGCCCGCAACCGGAUCAAAGUCCUUCGUGAUGGGGCCUUCUUUGGAUAUGAGAGUUUAACUAGUCUGGACUUGCAGCAGAAUCAGAUCUCUUUAGUGGAGGAAGGGGCCUUCCAGGGCCUGACACGCCUUACAACCCUGCUGCUGCAACACAACCGCCUGGGAACACUUAGUGAGGAGGCCCUCAUCCCCAUGCCAAACCUUCACUACCUACGUCUAUAUGAUAAUCCCUGGAAUUGUCUCUGCCAGAUGGACAGUCUCAUACUCACUCUGCAGGUCCCAAGAAAUCGUAAUCUAGGAAAACAUGCCAGGUGUGCAGAGCCCAUCAGGCUAAAAGGCAUGAAGUUGAAGCAGGUUGAUCCCGAGUUACUCUGUAAAGAGACAGACCCAACGGGCGAUCCACAGGGUGACCAAACAGAUCUCACAUACCCAGUAGAGCCCAUUCCAAUUCGCACCAAACCAGACGCCACCACGUCUUGCCAUACUUACCUUUUCCCCCAAAUACGGAUGGACUGCAGAAACCGAGGUCUAACUGAGGUGCCCACGGGUAUUCCAGAGGAUGUUGUUCAUAUCGAUCUGUCCCAUAAUUCAAUCCAUCAUCUCAGAGCCAGAGAUUUCCAAGGAGCGAGGAGCCUCAGAACCCUUAACAUCAGUAAUAACAACAUGGAGCACAUUGACACAGCUUCCCUGUCUGGGCUCCUGCACCUUCAUGAGCUGGACCUGUCAGACAACAGCCUGCAUUUUUUUGAGUACGGGGUUCUUGAAGACCUUUACUUCCUGUCACAGCUAAAACUGGGGGGAAACCCCUGGGUGUGUGACUAUAGCAUCCACUACUUGGUGUACUGGCUGCGUCUGCACCCAGGGGUGAAGCACUCUGGCCUGCUGUGUCGUUCACCUCCUGAACAUACUGGGAAGAGUGUGGAGGAGUAUGUGCAUUCCUACAACACAGAGUGUCCAAAAGACAGACAGCACAGCAGAACAGAUCAAGACCAAACGGACCCUCAGCUAUGGAACACACCAAUGGAAGUGCAGGGAGAGCUGGAGGAGGAGCUGGAGCCGAGCCACUUAAGAGCACCGCAGAAAUACCAGAUCAUCAGGCUGUCCUGACUCAGUCUGACCUAAAAUUUGACUUUAAAAAGGCUCUUUGUUUUCUCUUCUUUCUUAGUUUACAACAUAAUUUUCCAUCUGUAUCAGAUGGAGAAACUACAUUUUUCAGUGUUGCUUCUAUGUUUUGUGUUGUCUUUUUAAUCAAAAUAUAAGAAUGAUCAACUUUU